AUGUUCGAAGAGAAUCCAAGACUUAAAAAAGGACUUAUUAUCGGUGGUGUAGCUGUUGUAGCUGCUGUUGCCGCACCCCUCGCUAUAAUACCUGCACUGGGUGCAGCGGGUUUUACAUCGGCCGGAGUGGCAGCUGGAAGUGUCGCUGCAUAUUUCCAAACAGCAACAACAGUAUCGGGAAGUCUUUUCGCUUUAUGUCAAUCGGCUGGAGCAGUCGGUGCAGUAGCAACAUCAACAUCUAUUGGCGUUGGAGUCACAGCUGCUGCUGCUGCAGGUGGUGUAACAGCUGCAGUUUGCAGAAAUCUAGGUGGUAAUAGAGUUGAUGUAGCGGUUCAAACGGAUGAAGACGAAGAUGCUCCCGACGAAGUUGAUAUUUUAUUUGAUGAGCGAUCAAAUUGA